UCAACCAUUCCUCCUAUUUCAUCUCACUAUCUCCAUUCCUUAUACAACAAAUCACAUUUUUUUUGUCUUUCCUUGCACAUAAAUAAUAAAGGAUGAUGAAUGUUUUGGCUAUUUCUCUUGUAUUAUCCACACUUGUUACAGCUGGAUUUCUCACUCCCAAUAAAAAAGAAGAUGUUGUUUUAGUUGUUGAAUUUGAUCAAAAUCAAGGUACCAAAGUUUUAAUCUCCCCACAACAAGCUCAAAUUCCAAAAUCAGGUUAUGUUUCUGAUUUGAAAGAUAAAUUAUAUGAAAAAGCAGAGGAAGCAACCUCUGUUCUUCCAAAUAUCGGUCAAGGGAUUGCGAGUCCUUAUUUGAAUCAACACCAACAAAAUAGCGCUAGAGAUGUUGUUUGUGAUGCCUAUGGAAAGUGUAAAGAGAAAAUUAGUACUGUUUUUGGUAAAACCAAAGAUAAGGUUGAAGAAGGUUUUACCAAAGUUUCAGAAAAAACGAAGGAUGUAGUUGAUACAACGAAGAGUAAAAAGGAUGAAGUAAUGGAGCAAGUGAAAGGAGAAAUAUCCGAGAAAGCAGAAGAAGGGAUAAAGGAUUUGAAAGAUAUUCUCGUGCGAGGACGUGAUUUCUUUCGUGAUGUAUUUACUUAUAUAUUCUCUUUAGGGAAUUUGCGUCAUGUGAUGCGUUUGAUGCAUUUGUUGGGGUUUUCUGUGGCUUAUGGGAUGUGUAUUUGGGUUACAUUUGUUUCGAGUUAUGUGUUAGCUAGAGCAUUGCCAAGGCAGCAAUUUGCAGUGGUUCAAAGUAAGAUUUACCCUGUUUACUUUAAGGCUAUGGCUUAUUGCGUUGGCCCGGCAUUCAUCGGUCAUUUUCUAAGCCAAAAACGUUGGUUUUACGCUAACUUGGGUGAAGCGGUUCAAGGUUUUAAUCUUCUAGCUUCAAUCUCCAUGCUUUUGGUUAAUUUGCUCUACUUGGAGCCUCGAGCAACAAAGGUAAUUCAUAUUCUUAAUCUAUUUUAUUCACACUUUCUCUUAUUCAACUCUUUUAAACUAUACUUGAUACUUAAUUUUGAAUUUAAAUUGGAUUAG